CUCAGCGGGGAAAUUUGCCAGCCCUGCCGCCGCUAUUCCCUCCGGGGCUCCGUGUGGCGGCAGCGGCAUGGCUGUGAGACGAGAGGGCGGGCGGGCAGCGAAAGGCUGUGCCCCAGUUUGUGUCCAAUCAGAGAGUGAAGUGUGUGCACCGAGCGGGGCAGCAGUGCGUAAACAACAAGCCCUGGGAAAGUCCUCCGCCCCCCUGCACCGCUCCCUCCGCUCCACUGUUCGAGUCUUCCUCCUCGCUGACUCCCAACAGCCUCCUCCUUCUCCUCCCCCCCGCCUCCGGCGGAGCUCCUGUCAGCUGAACUGCAGCUUCGAGCUCACCUCGCUCCCCGCGCUGCCUUGCAACAUCCAUAACUCCCGCGCCGCGUCCUCGGGGCGCUCUCGCUGGGCUUUUCGGGGGAAGGACAACUCUCUCUCUCUGUGUCCCAGUGGUAUGGUAUAGCUGGUGCUUGAUCAAAGCUGAAGGAAAAGCAUUCUGCAUAUGCUCAAACACGCUGUCCUUCGUUACUGGUCUUUGCGUGGCCUGUUCACGGUUGAAAGGAGGCUCUGGUCGAAGUCUAGGGCUCAAAGAUGUCUAACUCAAAAAAGAAGCAGAGGUUAGGAAUCGUGACCCCAUGAUAACCCUUGGAUUUUGAUCAGAUGCCUGGAGAAGUCCAGCUGCACAGAGCAGCUCACCGGCUCCUGUGAUCCUGUCACCUUCGCCUUCCAAAUUCACGGCUUGGGUCCAAACCAUUUUAUUGCCACAGCCUGUGCCACGAAUGGCUACCCAGAGGAAGCACUUUGUGAAAGAUUUCAAUCCUUAUAUCACCUGUUGUAUCUGUAAAGGAUAUCUUAUCAAGCCAACUACAGUCACUGAGUGCCUCCAUACUUUUUGUAAGAGUUGUAUUGUGCAGCACUUUGAAGACAGCAAUGACUGUCCCAGAUGUGGCAAUCAAGUUCAUGAGACCAAUCCAUUAGAAAUGUUACGGCUGGAUAACACAUUAGAGGAAAUUAUAUUUAAGUUGGUUCCAGGACUUCGAGAAAAGGAACUGCACCAUGAGGCUGAAUUCUGGAAGAAAAAUAAACCUCAUGAAAAUGGAGACGAAGAAAAUCCAAAAUCUGAAAAUCCCAGAGAUGAUGAAGAUGGAGAUGAAAAUCGAGAAGAGAAAGACUAUCACAGGAGUGAUCCACAGAUUGCUAUUUGUCUGGAUUGCUUACGUAACAAUGGGCAGUCUGGGGAUAAUGUAGUAAAAGGACUGAUGAAGAAAUUCAUCCGGUGUUCUACGCGAGUCACUGUAGGAACUAUCAAGAAGUUUCUAAGUUUAAAAUUAAAGCUUCCAAGUUCUUAUGAGCUGGAUGUACUAUGCAAUGGGGAAAUCAUGGGGAAGGAUCACACUAUGGAAUUCAUCUACAUGACAAGAUGGAGACUACGAGGCGAAAACUUUCGGUGUCAGAAUUGCUCAUCUUCGCAAGUCUGCUCACAGGAUGGCUCUUUUUAUCAGUCUUAUCCCAUGGUACUCCAGUAUCGACCCAGAAUUGACUUCGGUUAGACCAAAGGGCCAGAUCCCACUGAGAUUAAUCCUGCACUAUAUUUACCCAUCGACAGAUUGCACAAUGAAUGGAUGUGCCUGGAUUUUGUUGGGGGGACAAAACCAGAAUUUCAGCAUGGAAAUAAUGGACUUUUUCUUCAGUUGAUCAACUAUCUUCCCCCCAUUAGAGUAAUCCAAGUGCCAUUCUGCUACUGAAACAUUCAUAAAAUAUUUGUGACAUCAGAGUUUGUGAGUCAUAGCCAAAUCGUUAAAUGUAUAGUUAAGAGUCUGAAUCUCUAGAACAAUUGCUUUGCCUGUUAGAAACCUUCCUUGGUCCAUAACAUUGAUUACAUUAGCAGAGAUGGCUAUCUGCUCUUUCACAUGUAGUGUUGCAGUUUGGUUUUUUCACAUUAACUACUUUACUGAAAAAUGUUGUUUAAAAGAAGUACUGUAUAAAAGGUUAAAGAUACCUUUAAAAUAUUUUGUAUAUAAUAUAUGUUUUAGAAAUGUGGUUGUUAUACCACUAACUUUUUCUUGUUCCAUUCCCCAUAGGUUCAUGUAUAGCUGACUCAUUAGUAUGCAGCAGUCUCUUUGCAGAAUUUGAACAUUUAGAUUUUGUGUCAGAGAAAUUAAAUCCAAUCAGUUUGUAUUGAACUUAAAUGCUAUAAUGUCUCAUAGCCUUUCAGUAGCAUAUAUGACUUGCAUAGAGUUUUAAACUGGAGAAAUAGGAAAUCUGUACACAUGCAGCAGGUAAGGUUAUUUUGUCUUUUAAAAAGUCUAUUACAUAAUAUUUUUAAGUACAAAGUGUCAUGUAAACUGUAUUCCAAAAAGUGUUAGGUAUUUUUGAAACUGUUGCCAUUACAGGUUUCACUGUCAGAUUUUUUUUAAGAAAGGCAACAAUGCAGGAAAGAGGUAGAUUGAAAUUGGUCUUCUUAAGUGUGCUGGAUUAGGUCCACUGGGCCUAAACUUCUAUAUUAUUUUAGCAUAUUCAAUAACACAUCAACGUGUUGUAAAAUGUGCCAGUUAAUGGCAUUUCAACCACAUUCUAUGGUUAUCUGGAAUCUAGAAGCUAUUGUAAAACCGGUUGUGACAUCUGAAAUUGAAGCAGAUUUAAUAUGAUUGACAAAGCUACCUGACCAAAACUUACUAGCUGUACCUGAUGGGGGAAGGUUCCCCUUAACAACCAAUGGUGUUUCAAAAAUAUUGAUGGUUGCCUUAGGUAUCGCAUGUGCAUUCUUCCUUGUUAAAAAAAAGUUAUGUUUAUGGGUAUCAUUACAAAGAUAAUAAUAUAUUGUUAUAUUGUUUCCUGUCUUCCAUUACUUUUGCACAGUUAGAAGCCAAAACAACAAUAUAGUUCAGUGAUCUAUACAACUUUUAAUAAACACAGUUACGUAUAUAGAGUAAAUUGCACACCAUAAGUAAUUGAAUUCACGUUAGGAUCCUUUGAUGUAAUUAAUUCACUUAAGGAAAGUAUGGGUGAACAAAUACUGCAAUCCUAGCUUGUGAAAGAAGGAAAUAGAAUGUAAAAUAUUAUAGGCUGUUACAUACUUCUAGAGGAGCAUUGUGACAUUUACCCAAGACCAAAUCAUGCUUCUCAGAAACAGUAUAAACAGACAUGAGCUCCAGUCUAGGGAGCCAACAUUAGAACAGAGUGCUUCUGUACCCACUGCUUUAACUUGUAGAGCUCCCUUAUCCUGUACCCAACAAUGUGAUCAGCACUGUCAGAUGCAGCGGAGCAGAUGGGAAGAAAAGGGACUGCCUCGACUGAAGCAAUUGCUUGCUUUCUCCAGCCCAUAAUUACUGACACUAUCAAUACUGAUCACCUGUUAAAUGUUGCGGGUGUGGUGCAGGAGUUCUAUUUGUAUUUUGGAUGCGGUAGCUUGGAUCCACAGAGCUUGCACCUGCCCAAUUAUUUUUCCCCUUUGAACAGCUGACCCUGCCAUUCAUGCCAUAUCAAAAAUUGCUUUUCUAAUUUCCUUCUGUUUCCAAAGCAGUUGCUUCACUGUAUAUGAGGUUACUGCUUGAGAAAAACAAGUCUACAGCUUCUUUGGGAUCAUGAAACUAGUUAUCUGGAUUUUUACACAUGCACACACACAUACACAGAGGUAACAUCUGGCAGUGGAUCUAAUAACAUUAUAGAACCUAUUUCUGUGUACAGAUUAGUUUCUAGAAUGAGGCAAAUUCCCUUUUGCGCUAUGUUUCCCUAGAGUGACUUUGGACAUUACCUGGAAGGAUGUGGGGGAGGGGAUAGUGAAUGGUUUGUGUAUCUAUUUCCAUAGUUCUGGAUAACAACUGAAGCAAUAGCUCCCACAUCUUCCCUUGGGAGAAGUGCCUAUGCUAGAUGCGCAUCCCAAAUAUGUGUAUCUUGCCAUGGAGAAGAUAUGGGUCACAAUUUUCACGCAAAUGUUACCCAGAUCUAGAUUUUAUCCAAAAGCUUGGAAAGAGAUGCAUAAACCAUACUCUUCAGGACUUCUAAAUAAUAUCCAAAGCUGUACGUAAAAGUCUGUCAAUGCAGGUCAGUUGUAUGCACAAUGGCUCUAUUUAAGUUUAUGAAAUCAUUGCCUUUUAAGAUCCGACAGAUCCUCAAUAGUGCUACGACAGUCCCUUCAACAAGCUUAGUUUUGAAACUAGUCUGUCCAGCUAAUGAUAUGGAAAAUUCUCAGCCAGCUAGCAACAAAUACCAAUUUAUUUUCUUCAUCAGUGCUCUGCCAAGUUGAGCAUUGUUAAAAAUUCCCACAUGCAUUCAAACAUAAAACCUUCCGUAUUUUUCACAAAUGGAUUAUGUGCAACUUAUAUCUGAACUAUUUUCAGGUUUCCUGUGCAAAAUGAACAGCUAAAGAUUUUAUUUGAUUCAUGAGGAUAAAUGUAACAUUUCAAAGCUUCAUUCCAACUGACUUAAAAUACAUUCCCUCAAGCUAGGUUAUUUAUUUUGAUAGUACUUUUAACAUAUUUUGUUCAAAUCCUCAGAAGUUUAAUAAUUAUAAACCUUGUGUAAUUUCCUUGAACGUUGGCAGAAAAUUUGCUUUUCACUGUACAGAAAGGACCAUGUAAAAACAAUUUAGGGUCUGGAUACAAAUACUUUCUACAUCCGUUUCAGUGAGGUCUCAGAUGUUUUGGACUUGGAACCAAUGCUUAGUUCAUCUUAUUUUUAUUUUUUGCCAUUCAUUUUUAUAAUGUAACCUUGAUUAAUGGAAGCAAAUGUUUUCCACUUGAAAAAAAUCAUGGAAAUCCAAGACAGACUUGUGAGUUAUGAAACAAAGAGCCUUAAAAAGUUCCUUGCAUAUAAUGUAACCUUCUUGUGGCUUACACCAUUGCAUUGCUGGUAUGCAGUUGUUGGAUAAUUGUAGAAAGGACCACCAACUACAGAUAUCUUAUAUAGAACUUCCUAACUUCUUAAUUCACUGACUGAGUAUUGUACAUAUUUGAUCACUCUUUGAAUAAAAUUGUGUACCAAGAACAAAUUAAAGAUGAAAGAUUAACAGAGAAUAAUCACAAGCUUUUCAUGCCAGAGAAAUAUUACAUACAUGAAGACUGCGGGCAUAAGAGUUUUCCAUAGCAAAACUUGGCUAGGGAAUAUAAUCAAACCUGGCAACAGCUUUGCUUUCUGCUCACUUCCCAUAAGCCUAGUACAGACUUUCCCAAGUAGUGGGCCACCAGAUGUUGUUGGACCACAAUUCCCAUCUUUCCUGACCAUUGGCAAUGCUGGCUGAGGCUAAUGGGAGUUGUGGUCCAACAAUAUCUGGUGGCCCACUAGUUGGGAAAGGCUGGCCUAGUAUGUGCUGGGGAUUCUCGUUUUGAAAGCAUGUUGACUAUAGGGAGGGAUCAUAGCUCAGCAGUAAAGAACAUGACCUGCAUGCUGAAAGUCCCAACUGAUACCUUCAGUUGAAAAGAUCUGAGGUAGCAAAGGAUGGGAAAGACUGCUGUACCUGAGACUUGCUGGAGAACAGCUGACGGUCAGAGUGGACAACAUUGGCCUUGAUGGGCAAACAGCCUGGCCAACCUCCUCUGUUAUUUGAAAGAUAAUUGCUCCAUGCACAGUUGUUUCCCAUAGUACAGGGUGGGCAAUUCCCUCCCACAGAAUAAAUUGAAAGCUGUGAGUCUUACUCUGGACAUUUGAAGCUACAGUUCUGCAUGCCCUGUACAAAGAAUUGUAACACUGCUGUGCCUGUGGGGAAGCAGUAACUAGCACACAAGCUUAGGGCACAUAAGGAUCCUUAUGGGAUAAGACAUGAGGCUUCAUAUGUAGAUUAUGUUUGUGGAACUGAAGCAAUGCCCUUUAACUUGCAUGCUACAAUUUUAGGUUUAUCUCACUUGCACAAGGAUAGAAGCCUGUUUUUGCUUCCUAGUAAUGAAUUUUAACUACCUAGUAAUAUAUAUUCAGUGUAGGACUUUUACCAAAUUAUUUACUUUUUCUUCUUUUUUGGAUGGUGUCCAGUCUCAAAUGCCUAUAUAAUGCAGUUCUGUUAUAUUAGCAAAACUAUGUAGUAUUAACACACAUGGUUUUCCCAGCUUAAAAAGCUCAUUCUUAUAAACCCAUUAUUCAAGUUGUUUACACAAAACCUACUUUCAUGAUUGUACAGGAAGGCUCAUCUUCUAUAGCUUAGAAUAGAAGUGUGUGCUGCCUCUGGACAGUAAAAAACAAGUAGUAUACAUUUCCAUGGCUGUUCUUGUCUUGCCAAAGCAAAGUGUUAGAGUGAAUGUGCUGGGUGACAUAAUCUUCCACUGUGCUUUUUCUUGUAGCAUCUUUUAUGCAGAGCAUAGUAUAUGACAAGAAUAAAAUAAAUGCAAGACGAGAA